GCAGGGUUGGGGGGCGGGAGGGCAGGGAUCCUCUCUGGACUGGUAUCGCGCCUUGGUGCUGGGGGGGGAGGGAAGGGGAGGAAAAUACUGGUGCCCCUUCUCUCCUCUGCCGCCUUGAAGUAGAUUUGAGAAGCGGCCCUUCCUCUCCCCCCCUUCCCCCCUUCCCGCUGGUCCUUUGGCAUCUUCCAGACCAUGUCCACUGGGUCUCUCAGUGAUGUGGAAGAUCUGCAGGAGGUGGAGAUGCUGGAGUGCGAUGGCCUGAAAAUGGAUACUAACAAAGAGUUUGGGGCGUCCACCGAGAGCAACGAGGAGGGAUCCAAUGGCGAGAAUGGCUCCCCUCAGAAGGGGAGAGGGGCCUCGGGCAAGAGGAAGAAAGCUCCCCCCAAGAAGAGCCCUUUAAACGGAGUGAGCCAGGAGGGAAAGCAGGUCCAGAGAAACGCUGCCAACGCCAGGGAGAGGGCGAGGAUGAGGGUCCUUAGCAAAGCCUUCUCCAGGCUUAAGACCACCCUGCCCUGGGUGCCCCCAGACACCAAGCUUUCCAAACUGGACACCUUGAGGUUGGCCUCCAGCUACAUCGCUCACCUGCGGCAGAUCCUGGCCAAUGACAAGUAUGAAAAUGGCUACAUCCACCCAGUCAACCUGGUAAGUCACGGCCUGCCGGGGCCAGGCACUCUGCGUGCGUGUGCAUGGGGAGAGGCGGCGAGGAACUGGGAUGGGGCAUGUGCGGGGAGAAACCUUUGCUGUGCUUCUCACAGAGUCUGGUGCCAGUAG